AUGGCCCGUACCAAGCAAACUGCUCGUAAGUCAACUGGAGGAAAGGCUCCAAGGAAGCAGCUCGCUACCAAGGCUGCCCGUAAGUCUGCACCAACCACUGGAGGAGUCAAGAAGCCCCACAGAUACCGCCCUGGUACUGUUGCUCUUCGUGAAAUUCGUAAGUACCAGAAGAGUACUGAGCUCCUGAUCAGGAAGUUGCCAUUCCAGAGGCUUGUUCGUGAAAUUGCCCAAGACUUCAAGACUGAUCUGCGUUUCCAGAGCCAUGCGGUGCUCGCACUGCAGGAGGCAGCUGAGGCUUACCUUGUGGGUCUGUUUGAGGACACCAACCUUUGUGCCAUCCAUGCCAAGCGUGUUACCAUCAUGCCAAAGGAUAUCCAGCUGGCUAGGAGGAUCAGGGGUGAACGGGCUUAA